GGCAAGACUCGCCCCGCGACGCUGUGGCCUGCGCAGAAAGGAGCGGAAGAAGAUGGCGCUCACCAGCUUUUUACCUGCGCCUACUCAGCUCUCUCAGGACCAACUUGAAGCUGAAGAAAGGGCAAGAUCUCAGCGAUCACGGCAGACCUCUCUGGUCUCCUCUCGAAGGGAGCCUCCCCCAUACGGAUACAGGAAAGGCUGGAUUCCGAGACUGUUAGAGGAUUUUGGAGAUGGAGGUGCUUUCCCAGAAAUCCAUGUGGCCCAGUAUCCUCUGGAUAUGGGGCGAAAGAAAAAAAUGUCAAAUGCACUAGCCAUUCAGGUGGAUCCAGAAGGGAAAAUUAAAUAUGAUGCAAUUGCUCGACAGGGACAGUCCAAAGACAAGGUCAUUUACAGCAAAUACACUGACCUGGUUCCAAAGGAGGUUAUGAAUGCAGAUGACCCAGACCUGCAAAGGCCCGAUGAAGAGGCGAUUAAAGAGAUAACAGAAAAGACAAGAGUCGCCUUGGAAAAGUCUGUGUCACAGAAGGUUGCUGCAGCCAUGCCAGUUCGUGCAGCUGACAAGCUGGCUCCUGCUCAGUAUAUCCGCUAUACACCAUCUCAGCAAGGAGUAGCAUUCAAUUCUGGAGCUAAACAAAGGGUUAUUCGGAUGGUAGAAAUGCAGAAAGACCCAAUGGAGCCACCAAGAUUCAAGAUUAAUAAGAAAAUUCCCCGGGGACCUCCUUCUCCUCCUGCACCUGUAAUGCACUCUCCUAGUCGGAAGAUGACUGUGAAGGAACAGCAAGAGUGGAAGAUCCCUCCUUGUAUUUCCAACUGGAAGAACGCUAAGGGGUAUACGAUUCCAUUAGAUAAACGGCUGGCCGCUGAUGGAAGAGGACUUCAAACUGUCCACAUAAAUGAAAACUUUGCCAAACUAGCUGAAGCGCUAUACAUUGCUGAUCGAAAGGCUCGAGAAGCGGUGGAAAUGCGAGCCCAAGUAGAAAGAAAGAUGGCUCAAAAAGAAAAGGAGAAACAUGAAGAGAAACUUAGAGAAAUGGCCCAGAAAGCCAGAGAAAGGAGAGCUGGGAUCAAAACCCAUGUGGAAAAAGAGGAUGGAGAGGCCCGUGAAAGAGAUGAAAUCCGUCAUGACAGGCGCAAAGAGAGGCAACACGACCGGAACCUUUCCAGGGCAGCUCCCGAUAAGAGGUCAAAACUACAGAGAAAUGAAAAUCGAGAUAUCAGUGAAGUCAUUGCUCUUGGUGUGCCCAAUCCUCGAACUUCCAAUGAAGUUCAGUAUGACCAAAGGCUCUUCAACCAAUCCAAGGGUAUGGACAGUGGAUUUGCAGGCGGAGAAGAUGAAAUUUACAAUGUUUAUGAUCAGGCCUGGAGAGGUGGCAAAGAUAUGGCUCAGAGUAUCUACAAGCCCAGUAAAAAUCUGGACAAGGACAUGUAUGGUGAUGACCUCGAAACCAGGAUAAAGACCCAUAGAUUUGUUCCUGAUAAGGAGUUUUCUGGUUCAGACCGUAGACAGAGGGGCCGAGAAGGACCAGUUCAGUUUGAGGAAGAUCCUUUUGGUUUGGACAAGUUUUUGGAAGAAGCAAAACAGCAUGGUGGUUCUAAAAGACCCUCGGAUAGCAGUCGCCCCAAGGAACAUGAGCAUGAAGGCAAAAAGCGGAGGAAGGAAUAGAGGGGCCUCUUGAAACUAAAUCUGACAGAUACAACAGAGGAUUGCCUGGUCUGGACUCUGUGAAAGAAGAUGUCCCAGGGAGUAGGAAGGCUUUGUGGGUAGGGGUGGUGACAUCAUCUUGGAGAUGGGGCAGGAGGAAUGGGAUAAGGAAUCAUCUGAGAGAUGACUCUUAAGGGGAUAAAGAUUAAACUGUAAAAAUUUAAAAAAAAAAUUAAAAAAAAAAAUCUCGGUGAUAGAUCCUAGCGCUCCUUUUUAUUCCAGGAAAUUGAUUAUUCUAUUUCACAGUUGUUUUUGUUUUUUUAUAAAAUGGGUUGUUUGUGCUUCUUCAAUCUUGCAGCACUUAAAGAAGACACUCCCCCACACAGAAAUGAGAAUACUCGUUGGGGGGCAUAAAAUUUUCUGUAAGAACUUUAUGAAUAACAUCAUAAAACAUAAGUGGGAUAAUGUUUGCACACUGAAACUAUGCUAGCAGAUGCAUUUGCCCUGUUGUGCUCUUCUACUACACCAUGGGGAAACUGAAACCAAGGUCUUGCUUAGUGCAGCUUGUUUCAAAUAAAAACAUUUCGAAAAAG